AUGUUCGACCGAAAGCUGAAGAUUCAAGUUGGAAAGGGGGUGCGACAAGGAGAUACCAUAUCCCCAAAGCUUUUCACGGCUGCGUUACAAUAUGCGAUGUUGAACCUCAACUGGGAAGAAAGAGGAUAUCCCGUCAAUGGCAAAAAAGUCAAUAACCUCCGCUUCACCGAUGUUAUCGUCUUGAUAUCAAGCAGCAGAGCUGAAAUGGAAAAGGUGGUCAACGAAUUCAAUGCGGUAAGCCGGCGGAUAGGCGUGGAGAUGAAUAUGUCCAAAACGCAAUUAAUGGUUAACAGAUGAAUAAAUCGGAGAAGACGUGCUGCAUGGGCAGCUUUCGGUUCAACUCGUGAAGUGACGGACCAGGUCAGCGAUAUCGACCUCAAGGCAUCGAUAUUCAGCGCCUCAGUACUGCCAGCGAUGUGUUAUGCGACUGAAACGUGGCCUGACAAUAAAACAAUCGCCAAAGCCAUAAGGACUUCUCAUCACGCGUUGGAAAGAAGUUUUCUGAGAAUCAGUCGUCGACAAUAG